CUUUGUAUGACGUCACACUGGUGCAAUUGUUGAUUUUGAACUUAGCAAUUUAUUUGUGUGUUAUUUCUGCGAGAUUUUAAGCAGUUCAAAGCGAUUAUUUAAACUUUUACUAAAGCAAAAUGAAGUGUGCAGUGGCAAAUUGUGAUAGUGAAAACCAUAGGCAAGCGUGCGAUAUAAGCUUUUUUUCGUUUCCUACGGACGAAGCUCUCGCCAGAAAGUGGAUGCAGUUUUGCCGGCGAGGAAGUGCAGUAUUGAAUCCCAAAUCGAGCUACGUGUGCAUGAAGCACUUUUUUAGUGAAGAUAUAGAGAACAAUCGACAGUUCGAAAUGGGAUUUGCAAAAAAACGCCUUUUAAAGCGUGGUCCUGUGCCCAGCAUUUACUCAGAGGAUGGGGAAACCUCCCAGCGUGCCGAAAGUGUUCAGCGCGAGGAGUACAAACAGAUUGUCAGCGAGUUACUUCAGCAGAGUGAACCUGUCGCAGUCAAUGAAGCCGAGGCGAAUAACAGUGCCAACGUUGUUCCGAUUGACGAAAAUGUGGAGAAUAAGGAAAAUAACCUAGUGGAUGCAAAUCUUUCCGAAAUCCCCGCGACUUCAACACCUCGCAAAUUCUUCUACUACGACAGCAGUUUGGAGGAAGUUGAGGAGCUGGAAGCUAAACUAAAAAUACUUAAGCGAGAAAACAAGACUCUGUUAAUGGAGAACAAAAAGAAAGCAUGGAACUGGCGGCACUCUAGCAAGAGUACGGUAAGCAGAAAAAGAAGCAUGACUAUGAGGUGGAACAGCUAAAAAACGCUUGGAUGAAUACGUAAAUAUGUGUAAAAACAUGGAGAGCAAACUGCAGACCAUUUUGACGAAGGGUCAGGUUUCGAAACUGAAGCACGGCAUUAGGAAACCUACUUGGAGUCAAGAAGACAUCGCGAAUUCCAGCACGUUGUCCAGAAAACUGAAAAUGUCUGAUGUCGCUUCAUAUUAAUGUUCUUUUAAUGUACAAGUUCGUAACGAGAACUGUUCUUCAGUUCAUCCGCUUAACAUAAAGGCCCUUUUCAGCUUUACCUUCGAGAAUCCUUCGAUACCUGCAGCGUAACAUAUUUGGAAUGGGAGAAAGGCUUUUCAGUGAAUUGCACCAGCAACUCGAAUCGCUGCUGCAAGUUCUGUUUUAAUAUAUUCGCAUGUAUGUGAUAUUUUACUUUUAUUGUAUUGUAGAAUUCACAUUUUUGGAAAACGCGAUCUACAUCUGUGCCUCCGUCACUGUAUAUUAAACUUUUUAAUUUGCCCAUAUGAUCAAGCACCACCAAGUACUCCUUGCUCGAAUUGCCUCCUCUGCACACUGAACCAGGUCUUCAACAUUGAGUAUUCUGAAGGACACGCAACCAGCUCAGAGUUGGCUUGGCGCAGUGCGGCAUUUGCUUCGCUGCCAAUUGUCUGCAGCAAGUGCUCUGACCCACGCACUAAUUGCUCACCUUCAUCAAGGUACGCGUCGGAAGUUGUUUGAUUUGGCAUGAAUUCAAAAGCUAAAUCUGCAAUCAUUGGCGAUGACAUGCUGAAAAUCACGUCGCGGUAGUCAUAACCAAUGCGUGGUGUUGAUUCACAUAUUAUUUAGAAUACCUUUGAUAAUACUUUCCAAAGAUUUCAUCUUCGACUAACUCGUGGGAGCGUUGAUUCUGAAAUGGCAAACAUUUUUAACACAUGCAUUUGUCCCAACAUUAUUUUUCAUACUUACCCUAAAGACUAUAUGCACAACAC